GGAACUACUUUAUUGUUGAUCGAAAAACAGAGUUAAUAAAUUACAAAGGUUUUCAGGUGUUACCUUCCGAACUGGAAUCUAUUCUACUUAAGCAUGAUGCUGUUGCAGAUGCAGUAGUAUUAGGAUAUUAUUCUGAAGAAGAAGCAACCGAAAUUCCUAUAGCAUAUGUCGCAGUUAAAAACGGGUAUGGGCAGUCUCAAUCUUUAGCAAGAGAAAUCCAAUUUUUUGUAGAUGAAAAGGUUGCACCGCAUAAAAAAUUAAGAGGUGGCAUAUUGCUUAUAGAUAAAAUUCCAAAAAGUGAGACUG